GCCGCUGUGUGCUUUUUUGGGGAAGGGCGGGCCGGUGAAUUUCGCAGGUUGAUUUGUCCCUUCUGAGCAGGCGUGGUGUUAGGUGGUUGUGUGGUGCUCUGAUGCUCUGAAGAAAGACUGGGUUGGGGGCGGAUGAGCGCUGACUUUGAGAAAUGAAGGAUGUGCCGUUUCCGCAUGAGAAUGAGAAGGAGAAGAAUAAGCAGGUGUUCGUGGAGAUAGUGGAGAGAGGGAUGAGGAAUAUACUCAGCAACGCUCUGGUUGCUUUGGCCGUUAUUGGGGUGCCGGUGGGAGCGUGCUAUUGGGUUUACCGCAGCCGGUGAAAUCUUGGAUUUGCUAUAGACUGUAGAGAGGCUGGAGUGUAGCUAUAGUGUUCUUGUGGCGAAUAAAUAAUAUUGAUUUCCGAGCAACCGGCCUGCGAAACUGUAGGCUGGUGAAGAGACUUCUGAC